AUGCCUAUCCUUGUUUCCUCUCUCUUGGGCACCGCUGUGGGUUCUGCAGUAGUCUACUUCACAUCACCCACACUUGCUGGUGUUCUUGCCGGAUCGGCACUUAACUGGAUCACGAUUCACUCCUUGGCAAUUGACGCUCUCUUCGCUAUUUUGAUCUGCUUCUUUAUCCUCUGCUAUCUGGAGACAAAGUGGAUCGCUGUCAACCAAUCUUUCCCAUACACAUUCCACCUCAAGAACAAUCUCGGAAAAUCUUCUUUCGACUUCCAGUUGGUUGUGUUCGAGCUCUGGCACACCAACAAGCUGAACAGAUAUGGCCACAUGGUCUGCUUGUUCUGUGAACAAUUUCUCUGGCUGUACAUUAUCAGGAUCACUUUCGGUAUCUCCGGUCUAGCAUUGACCAAUGUCGCUCUGGGUAUGCAAGCAUUCUCUUUCGGAGAUCUCAGACUCGGCUUUGGAUCCGCUGCUUUCAAUGCUGCUUACUCAUUGCUCGGCAUGUGGGCCUUUGAUGGUUUCGCGCCAGUAGCGGCGAUCGACAUCUGUAAGAUUGCCCUUUUCUGGGUUGUUGUUGUGCGCACUGCCGUACAUGCCGCCGAGCCUCUUCCCCCAGUCUACGACAGUGAGACAGACUCCUUCGGUGAGACAUGGGGUGAUGAUGGGUAUCACUUAAUCUUCAGGAAGCCUUUCUCAGCUCUGUGGCUGUUCAUUCUUGGCAUCGUCUCUGAGCUUGCUUCUGGCGUGCCUGGACGUCUGUUCGGCACUGCACUCUACAAGGCCCUGUACCGUGCUGGCGGCUUUCGCAGCAGCACACUCAAGGGCGUAGACACCGCCAGAGAGGAGGCCUUGUCGACAUUGAAGAAUGGCUGGGCCUCGAAUGAGAUGCUCGCGCCGUACUUCCUCAAGUCCUCGUCUGUCGUCAUCACAGAGAAGCUCCCUCUGGAGUGCUGA